AUGUCUACUGUCAAUGUAUUGAGAUACUCCGCGCUUGGCCUAGGUCUGCUGGUUGGCCUGAAGACCGAUUUCUCCCUGAGAGGUGCUGCUGCAAAGAAGUUGGAAGAAGAAGAGUUUAGCAAGAGACAGCAGCUUAUAGCCGAUGCCAAGGCCGAGUGGGCCAAGUUGCAUCCGCCAAAGACUAAGGCAACUACAAAGGAGAUCAACUUUGAUGAUCCUAACUUAGACUUCGGGGAGUUGAUCGUCAACGCCGUGAAUGCACUAGACGCUUGA